AGAAUUUCCACGCGAGUGAUAUAGCACCUGGCAAUACAAUAAUAGUACUACAUUUUCGAUUUUCCUCUCAAUAUGUCAUUCUCUACAAAAGCAUGAACUAUUUGACAGAGUAAUAGAAUUAUGACACGUCACUCGAGAUGCAGUUUCCUGCGAAAGAGGAGUUUAAGCCAUGUCGAAUGGUGAAUUACGUCUGCAAUGUGUACUCCUUGGUCGGUCAUAUUAAAUGAAGUAACGACUUUUGCACUACGCGUAAUAAACACGUUAGUACAGUAAGAGAUGUUGAGGAGGUGCACGGCUGUGUCUACGAGGACCUUACCUUUGCUUCAGUUCAAUCUUAUCGCGCGGUCCGCUCACAUCUCACCGCUGGAUACACCAGUUACCGAUUUAAUAACGGUACGAAGAGCAAACGAUUUUCGAUCGUGAAAAGUGCGACAUCGCACGGCGAGAUCCAAAAUUUCUUCGAUCUCGCGAGAUCAAAUCUCCGCGGUUCUUUGGUGGUGUGGAUCACUCGAGUAUGACGCGUUGACACUUUGAAUAGUUUUCUCUGUGUCGUUCGAUUGAACAAAAUUUUAACUAAAGUGUUAAACAAUAAAGAUGUCUACAAUGAUAGUGCGCGACAACGUUAAUUGAAAAGUGGAAGAGAUAAAGUUGCGAGUGAUAAAUUCGCUGACAUUGGCCUUCGCUUAAUUAGCCGCUUUGCAAACAGAAAGCAAUUCCAAAAUGGCACUGGUCAUUUUUGCCUCCAUUCUUAAAUUACUUUGAAUUGCGAGUCACUUAAUGUGAUACUUAAACGCAGAAAUUAGCGAAGAAGAUAGAAACAUUGUAUUCGACUAACUGGUUCUGACAACCGAUCAUGAAAACUGCGACGAGGACAAAAGUUAGUGUCACGAGUUCCGCCGAGAAACUUCGUAUGCUAAUAGAGAGUUAGAAUGAAUACAAAUUAAAAAUCCGGUAGAACAUCGAGGAGCAUCUCGGAAGCAACCGUUUUCUCCAUCGAGUCCAAAUUCGAUUUACCGCCUUAUCGACCGUAUAUCUGAUAACUGGAACACGCAUCGUAUCGUACAGCGCGAUUAAACAUCCCAGAAUCAGUCAACAGAGCCAGUAUCUUGACAGCGCUUGCUCAAAGCCGAUCGAAUGUUUAUUCCGUGAAAUAGAAAUUCUCAAGUUUUCUUCUUAACAAUAUUUCAAUCCACUCGCCGAAAGAAAAAUGGACUUCGAAAAAGGACUCCACAGUUUCUAACACCGUUACCAUCUUUAUUGCCGGGGAGACGAAAGUUGUUGAAGCGAUUAGAAUCGAGUAGAAAAAGUUGUCCAGCGAGUAGAAGAAAUGUUCGGGUCACCUGGUAUGAACCUGAUGGCGGCUGGGGUCGCAUCCGCGAUCUGCAUUCUGAUCUUCAGCAACAUCCUGAAGGGGAAGCCAGGAAGUCAGAAAGAGAAGAAACAGAUACCAGUGGAUGAAAAUCGCUGUUCCUGUUGUCUGAGACCAUUUUUGCUAGAACGUGGAGUCCGUUGCAGCGAUUGCGGUGGAAGAUCCUGCAGGAAAGGCUGUUCUCGUUGGGACACGUCGGAUAACGCGUGGCAUUGUCUAUUUUGCCAUCAACAAAGAUACUGGCUGAGGAAGAACGGACUCGAGGAUUACCGUGGAUCGAUCGCGGCUGAUCUGCGACGAUACUUCAGUACGGCAAAAUCACAAGUUUACGCGACAGGAGUGGAAAAUGCAGCUACCAGUUCGGGAUCGUGUUUGCCCGGGGAGAAAGAAGAGGCGAACACGAUGGAAACCAUUCGUGAUCUCGUUGAGAAGAUAGUCGAAGGAUUGAUCGGUAGCGUCGAGGAUAUACCGAUCGAUCGCCUCUACGAUCAUCCGGAAUAUGACAAGCUUUUGGGAAAGUAUCUUGUACCCUUGGUCCAUGCUCUAACCCGACUGGCUACGGCUCUGGAACUGUCUCUAAAAAACAAACCAGGCACGGAUUCCCCUGCGAUGGCGCACACCGCCCUCCGCGAGAUCGUGGAACGGGCGGUCGACGAGGCCCGGAAGUUACCCAGCCUGGGAGGUUCCGGAGAACCCGGAAGACCGCCGGAAGGAAGGGCCGACAGCUACGAGGACCUGCUAGCUACCGCGAUACUGAACAAGGUCAUCGAGAAAUUCCAAAAGGAACAGGUGGACGGUAAUAGCAACGUUCUCCACGGGAAACCGGUGGCCGCGGGCAACUGUGCAUCGAACGAGCCUGGCCUUGACGAGGGCGUCGAAGGAUGCAGCAGCCUGGAACCAAUGUCGCACGAAGACUACGCCGAUUACACCGUUGCGUGUUUGAGACGCAAGAGUCAGAUGGAACCUACUGUGUCCCUUAUGAUAGAGGAGCGAAUAGAAGAAGUAACGACGACUUAUGCGUCGGACGAGGAACCCAAAGAAAAUGAUGCCUUGGCUAUUAGGAACGCUCACCGAGUGCCAUUUCCUGAACUUGGAAUGGACAUUAUCGACCCAUCGCAGGAGUCGUCAGAGGAUAGCCAGGACGAGCCAGGCACCCCAACCGCGCACAUCGGCCUGGUCUCUCCAGUGGAAUCCUGGGAAGAAAAUUGGUUGUUCCAGAAGAAAAGGGUGCAAACCCAGGCUGACCCAGUGGCCAUGUUGGUGCCAAAUCCCAGCGCCGAUUUCAAGGCUCUGAUAGGCGAUAAAGACGCCGAGGACACGUCCGACCUCUCUGAAUGUUCCUCGGCUCAAUCCGACGAGGAGAUCGAGAAGGAGCUUAUGGAGGCUAUAAACAACGUCGUGCCGCGAUCUCCGAAGAGAACCAGCUUCCAAAAUGGCGACCGGGAGUCGAGUGAUUCUAAGGAAAAGCAUGCGGAUGUUCCUGAAGACAAUGAUUUAGAGUGGAACGAAGAGAAUCAGGUGCUAAAGGUGGAAAUGAAUGGAAACGAAGCCAAAGAUGAGAACAAGGUGAACGAAGUGGAGGUAGAGAAGGUUGAGUCGAGGAAAAUGGAGAGUGAACGGACUAACGAGGAACUUAAAGACAAAUCAACGAAUGGUAAAUUGAUAGAAGAUAUUGAAGAGAAAUCAACGAAUGAUCCAUUGAUAGAAGAUGUAAAAGACAAAUCGACGAAUGGUCAAAUGAUAGAAGAUAUUAAAAUUAAUACGGUGAAGAAUGUGGAUCUUCUGGUAAAUUCUCAGGAAGAAAAUUUGUCGGUGCCGAAGACACCGACCUCUACGCCAACGUGGACUUUUGUACCGGAAAACAAUUUUGAAAAUAUUAGGGGGGAGGAGAUUUUGAGAGAAGAGGUUCUUAAUUCGCUGGAAUGCGCUAAGAAGAAGCUGAUGGCUGUUAAUGAUGACGAACCGUUUAAGGAGACGUCUGGACAAAAAGCGGACUUUCAUGCAGAAGAUAUUCAGCAAGAAAGUGAGUACACUGAACACUACGACACCGCGACCCAAAGGCAUCUGGACAGCUUGACAAAGCUAGAGGGUUCGGAAUCGAAAAAUUCCUCGGAGGAGAAUGCAGAGAGCAGGUGCCGAGAAGCUGCGGCGCUCGCCAAAGCUGAUUCGGCUUCGUCCCUGAAGAGCAAGAAAUCGGAAGAGGAGGUUCGGCUGGCUGCACCUCCAAGACCAGGUACGAUCGCUGAACGAGAGCACAAGAAAUGGGAGAACGCUCCUCCGAUUCAGAACAACCCCUACAGCGAGGAGAACAUCCAGAAGAGGUUGCUGGAGAGACAGUAUUCUAGGAGGGCAUCAGACAUUCCUGGAAUUCACGCCGAAUUGCCGAAGAGCAACGGGGAGGAUUUGGAUGUCGUGCUGACUCCUCAUGAACCGGAUAUCAAGCGGUUCGGCAGGGACUACUACAUCAACCACUCGAGAGCCUUAAGCAACGAGAAAGGACGAAGAUCGGCCGCGUCGACCUCGAGCAGACCCAGCAGCUCAUUAUCCCAAGGAUCGAGCUCAACCGGGCCCGACCAGGAUCAACAGGAGGAGACGCGAUAUCGUGAAACCGAGGCUCUGCUGAAUCGCAGCAACGACGUCAAGUCGAAAGUAGCCAAAUGGCAGAACAACAUCGCGGAGAACAAAUACCAAACGGUUCGAUCAGCGGACGAGGAGAGACCGAACUCGAGGAAGAUGGAGCUGCAGAGGACGUGGGAGGACCAGCGAAUGGAGGAGAUUCUGGAGAACGAGAGGAAGAAUAACAAGAACGAGAUCAACGCGAAGCUGAACAAUCAAGAGAACAGCGCCGUCGAGAAGAAGUCAAACUCCGACGAGAACCCGCGGAAGAUCAAGAGGAUCGAUCUGAAAGCUUACGGAUUCGAGAACGAGUUCUCCAAUGGCGGCAAAGUAACCAAGACACCGAGGGUCGUGAAUAAACUGGACUUGAAGAGGUUCGGCUACGACGGCGGUAUUCGACGAACGCAGUCCAAUAUUCAAUUAAACAGCAUCGGCAACGACGACUUCAAACCCAGAAUCGUACACGCAAGGAACAAAUCCAAUCUGACGCGCCAUUACGGAAACGAUCGCUGCCUGAUCGAGACGCAAGCUUCCGGCGAUAAUAAUCUGACGCAGAGUACCGAGAACUUGAACAGGUUUCAAGAGAGUUACAACGGGUUCGGUUUAAAGUCCGCGAAAUCGGUGCCUAAUAUCGCUAAGUUUUACUCGAACACGAUCGAUCAUGAAGACGACGAGAAUUUCAGUCAGAGUUCGUACGAUUUGGGGAUCGUCAAGAACGGCUCGGUUAAGAAUAUUGCGAAUAAUUAUAAUCCAGAGAAGUGCAACAUCAAUUCGGUCGACGAGUCAGAAAAUGACACGGAUUCGGAGAAGGAACGCUCGAAGAAGGUUAUCAAUCAGGAGGAGGACAGCAAGCUACCUAUGCCUUCGGUUAGGAGACUCGCUGAGGCGUUCAGCAAGCAGUCCGAAAACGCUCCGGCUAUUUCCAAGGCAAACAAGAGCAACGUGUACAAAGAACGAUCGUCGACACCGGAGAUACAGAUAGUCGAAUCUCCCCGACAAAUGCACAGUUUAACAGCCAGAUCGUUGUCGAAACAAUUUCGAGAGGGUCUCCGACAAAUUCCGAACAAAGUCACUUCGCCUCCGGCUAGCCACGUCACCAUGGAACAAAGCAAAAUGGCGGAGAACCAAACGGAAGUGGUGCAAGCGAAGAACGACUCGUCGAACGACGUGAACGUGAUUUUGCCUGGGAAAUUAAAAUCGAAUAUUAUAUUCUGGGAACAGAUGCAAAGGAGGAGCUAGAAUGCAUAUUUCGAAUCGUGUUGUAUUCUCCGGAAGUUGAGGAACGUGAGACGAAUUUAAACGAGAACCAUGUGUUCGAUGAUCUUUCAUCGAUUUGCAUGGUGAAAAUUAAUCUCGCGUUUAUUCUUUUCGAAGGUAACUUCAAAAAUUAAUAUCGGUUUGUAGAAGUGUGUUUUACGAUCCUUGCUCGGUGUAAGAAUGUAUAACACCGUAUCGAAAAUGACUGUCUGAAACGAUACAGGCUCAAUGAUUAAUUAAAUCAUCGUAUCGUGGAAGAUAAAAGCAGUUGCACCUGUGUCAAAAAAUUGUUGACAUUGUGCGUGUGCCAAAUGAUACUAACUCGUGAUCAGCCAAAGAGUAUAUUUUUGCAUCGUUCUUUCGAAUUUUAGCGAAUCAAAGUAUAUAAAUUUUACGAGCAAUGAGUCUUCUUUUCUUGAAAAUGAUCUACCAAAUUUUAACACGCGUUUCAAUUGUAAAUAUAUUCUUGAAUGUAAUAAAUUCGUUCAAAUCGUUGUAUGUAUAUAAAGGAACCAAUAGUCACAAAGGUUUUUAUAUACAAAUCUUUCCUAUAGUAUUUGCAGGUAUUUGUUAUUUAUUAUUUAUUAACGUUUUAAAUAUAUGUAUCGAUGUAUAUACGAGUUAUCAACGUAACAAUUCAGUGGGCAAUAUUUCUUUUAUAAAAUAUCAAAAUUUAUAUGAAUUUAAUCUUACCUGUACACUAAAACUGUGCUAUAUUGAUAUAAGAAAUAUAUUGUUUAUUAUUAA